AUGGCACAGAAACGAGCAUCGAACGGAGCACGGUUGCUGAAGGAGGAGAGCGACUUGAUGGUUAUACGGCCGCUGGGUGCCGGUCAGGAGGUGGGCCGAUCCUGCAUCAUGCUCGAGUUCAAGGGGAAAAAGAUUAUGCUUGACUGUGGCAUCCAUCCGGGACUGUCCGGAAUGGAUGCGCUCCCGUUCGUCGAUCUGAUCGAUGCGGAUCAGAUCGAUUUACUGUUCAUCUCGCACUUCCAUCUGGAUCACUGCGGUGCGUUACCAUGGUUUCUGCAAAAGACAUCGUUUAAGGGCCGGUGCUUUAUGACGCACGCCACCAAAGCAAUCUACCGCUGGAUGCUGUCAGAUUACAUUAAGGUGAGCAACAUUUCCACCGACCAAAUGCUGUACACCGAGGCGGAUCUGGAAGCGAGCAUGGAAAAGAUUGAGACGAUCAAUUUUCACGAAGAACGUGACAUCCUUGGCGUACGGUUCUGGGCAUACAACGCGGGCCAUGUGCUCGGUGCAGCAAUGUUUAUGAUUGAAAUUGCAGGCAUUCGGGUGCUGUAUACGGGUGACUUCUCGAGACAGGAAGAUCGGCAUCUAAUGGCGGCAGAAAUACCGGCCAUGCGGCCCGAUGUUCUCAUCACCGAGUCAACGUACGGUACACACAUUCACGAGAAGCGUGAAGAUCGUGAAAAUAGGUUUACCUCACUGGUGCAGAAAAUCGUCACCCAGGGCGGUCGGUGUUUGAUUCCGGUGUUUGCGCUUGGCCGAGCGCAGGAGCUUUUGCUAAUAUUGGAUGAGUACUGGAGCCAGAAUCCGGACUUGCAGGAGAUUCCGAUCUACUACGCAUCCUCGCUGGCGAAGAAAUGUAUGGCCGUGUAUCAGACGUACAUCAAUGCGAUGAACGAUAAAAUCCGCCGACAGAUUGCCAUCAACAAUCCGUUCGUGUUUCGGUUCAUCUCAAAUUUGAAGGGAAUCGAUCACUUCGAUGAUGUCGGUCCGUGUGUCGUGAUGGCAUCGCCCGGUAUGAUGCAGAGUGGACUGUCCCGAGAGUUGUUCGAAUCGUGGUGUACGGAUCCGAAGAAUGGAGUCAUUAUAGCGGGUUACUGCGUGGAGGGCACACUUGCCAAAACGAUCUUGUUCGAACCCGAAGAAAUUACCAGCAUGAACGGGCAGAAGCUGCCACUCAACAUGUCCGUGGACUACAUUUCCUUCUCGGCACACACGGACUAUCAGCAAACGAGUGAAUUUAUUCGUCUGCUGCAACCGACCCACGUGGUGCUCGUGCACGGUGAACAGAACGAGAUGGGACGGUUAAAAUCUGCCCUAAUGAGGGAGUAUGAGGCCAACGCGAAGGUACAAAUUACGUUCCACAAUCCGCGCAACACACAACCGGUGGAGCUUUACUUCCGGGGUGAGAAAACGGCCAAAGUAAUGGGCACGUUGGCCGUUGGUGAACCGGCCGACUGCCAACGGUUGAGCGGGGUGUUGGUGAAGCGCGAAUUCAAGUACCACUUGCUGGCGCCGACCGAUCUUUCCAAGUACACCGACAUGAGCAUGUCGAUCGUCACACAGAAGCAAAGCAUCCAUUGGCCUGGGUCGCCGGUAGUGUUGAAGCUGUUGCUGGAGCGUGCCGGUGGGCCAGGAUCGGUAGUGGAAUGUCCGGUGGCGGCGGGAAGUACGGCGACGGCCCGGUUACGGGUGUGCGAUUGUAUCGAUCUUACGGCGGAUGGCAAGAUCGUUACGCUCGAAUGGCAGGCAACGCCGGUGAACGAUAUGUACGCUGACAUGGUGAUGGCUUGCCUGCUGCAGUGCGAUAUCGCGGGUAGUAACGUGAUCGGGACGCGGAUGUCCAAGGUGGACGAGAAACACUAUCAGGAUUGCCUGAUCGAAACGCUACAGGAACUGUUUGGCGAACAAUCGAUGGAGAAAUUCAUCGACUCGGACCGGCUGACCGUAACUGUGCGUGGGAAGCGUAUCGUGAUCAAUCUGCAUACGCAUGAGGUCGAUUGCGAUCAGGACGAGCAGCUGUACCAGACGGUGUACAUGACCGUGCGCAAGCUGCGACAAAGUUUGUUGUUAUAAACAGGAA